UUUAACUUCUAGGUUAAUCGAAGGAAGACAAAACAAAAGUAGCAAAGGCUGGCUGUUUUUAGACAUAGAGCUAGAUUCCAGAUCUAGAUUUCCACUGAAAGACUUAAAAUGGAAGUAGAUGAUCACGAAUGGGAACUAAGUAAGGAAAAUGUCCAACCACUUCGACAAGGUCGCCGUAUAUCAUCUCUCGUAGCGGCGUUGCACUCUGAUCAAGGAGACGACCAACACAAAAUAAUAAAGGAACAACAAAGUAAUUUUGAACUAGAACUUCGUACAUAUAAUGGAGAUGAUCCCUUUGAUGUUUGGUAUAGAUAUAUAAAAUGGACUGAGCAAUAUUUCCCUAAGGGUGGUCAUGAUGGACACUUGUUAAAGUUAGUUGAAAGGUGCCUUCGAGAAUUUCAGGAUGUCGACAGUUACAAGAAUGAUCCUCGUUUUAUUUAUGUAUGGAUAAAAUUUGCUAGCAUCACAGACGACCCUUCAGAAGUCUAUGCAUAUAUGUUUGACAAUGCUAUUGGUGUUCAAGUUGCAAAUCUCUAUGUUGAGUGGGCCCUUACUUUUGAGAAGAAAGGAGAUAACAAAAAGGCAGAUGCAAUAUUUACAGAGGGCUUAAAACGCUGUGCCGAACCAAAGGAUCUGCUGCUACAGAGACAACAACAGUUUCAGAGUAGAGUUGCGAAGAAUAUCACUCUCCAAAUAGCUGAAAGCCAGAAUCCAGGUAUGGACAUAGGGAGUGAUGCAGAUAAGAGGACAGCCUUAGUUCGACUAAAGCCAACAGGAUCAUCCCACAAAGUUGGUGCUGCAAGAACAGGAUCUGUUGUUUUAGGCUCAGCUGGCUCUUUGAAAAGUUCCCAUGUACCUGCAUCCAAGCAGAUCCCGUCUCGUGGUAUUCCUAUUUUCCAAGACAGUGAAAAUAACCCAGAAAGUAUACAACCUCAGCAGACAUUUGAGUGGCAGUCUCUACCAGUAAAAGCAAUCAAUAACAGGGAGAAUGAUAAGAAGCCAGGGGUUUGGACAGACGCUAAGGUGAAGCAGAAACCAGGUUCUGUGCCUGAGGUUCCCCCGCCAGCCCCUUUUCAAAUCCACCAAGAUCAGGAUGCUGAGAUUUUAUCCCAUAUAACACCAAGAAAAACAACACUGAUCAACACACAACCUCUAAGCUCGCGUAAAGCUAUACAGAAAGAUCUUCUGUGCAACAUAAAACAGCCACAGUCUUCUUCAGAUUCUGGUAUCCCCAUGUAUCAAAAACUUAAGGUGUACCAAGGUCUUGAAGAGUUUAGCUUUGAGGAGCUUAGGGCUGUCAAGUAUUUGCAGCGAAAGAGAGAGAGGGAAAUGGAAGCAGAGAGACUUCGUAAAGAAGAGGAACAAAGACAAAGAGAAGAGAUUUUACUCAAAGAACUUGAGCAAGCCAAGGAAAGGAUAGCUUUGCUUCAAGCCCAAUUAAGUAUUAACAGUUCUGGUAGCUCGCAAAAGUUAUCUGUCUCUAAUAGUGAUAUAGGACAUCCGCAGGUACUUGCAUCACCAUUAAAUGCUCUAGACAGUCACUCAUCGUCUGAUAACCAUGAGAAAAUGGAAGUCACUGACUCAAAAAAUGAAAUAGUAACACCAGUAAAUAUUACCAAUCAAUCUUCUUAUGCUAAGCCUGGAUACUCAGGGAUAACGCCAAGCUUUAACACCUCAAGCAACUCCUCUGGAGGCUUAUCCUCUGCUAGCACCUCUCUCUCAGGCAUGGUGAACAGAUCUAACAGCGCAGCCACAAGUAGCGUCAGAGCUUUUGUACAGGGCAAACAUUUCCCUCCAGCUCAUCAGUCCAGUCUCACCCCAUCUCUGCUUGCUUCAAGCAGCACCAACACCAGUAGCUGCAGCAAUGAAACCCCAGCUAGCCACCCUAACACAUCAUCAGUUCCCAGUGAUACACCUCUGAUGUCCCUUAAAGCCUGCGAGUCUUUCAGUGCCUCUCAAGGCCUUUCAAACCUUAGCCACUUGAGCACACCACACAGAGGUCCUACGCCAGAUAGCUUUACAUUUAAAAAAGGGAGUUUGACUGCAGCAUCUCCUACAGUAUUUACUAAAGAGGCCAUGCAGUUUGUGAAUGGAAUGUUGUUUAAUACAUCUUUCAACAAUGACAGUCAAACUGCUGAUUUAGAGUUUAUUAGUGCAGCUUCAAAGCCUGUGCAUCGUGCACCCUUUGAGAUUUAUGACGGCUCCACUGCACCUAAGGUCCAUGGUCUAGUCAAUACAGAGCGAAGACCUUUUGUAAUAUGUGAAGACAGGCCAGUUGAUCCUCCGAGACAAAAUUUAGUGGCCCCUGCACAUGCCCCUUUUAAAAUCCUUGAAGAUGAUUGUGAAUAUAGAGCCGCUGAUCCUCCUAGACAAAAUUUAGUGGCCCCUGCACACGCCCCUUUUAAAAUCCUUGAAGAUGAUUGUGAAACCCAGCGCCAGGCUUUGAAAAGUUCUAACCGCGGAAAAGGUCUCCAGAUCUUCUGCGACUCUGAGAGUAAAGAAAAUAUGCCUAAAGAAAAGAUGGCCACUUCACUCAAGGCAUCCACAGGAAUCCAGAUCUAUUGUGAUGCUGAAAAUGAAGAACAGCAUUUACCAAUGUCUGUAACCAAAGAGAACAGCUGUAGAAAGGGAUUUGAAAUUUAUACUGAUGGUCAGCAAGACAUUGAAAAUGGCCUGAAGGCAAUGAGUGUGAAAAAGAAUGCAUGUCGCAGCCUAGGGUUCCAAGCUUAUGAUGUUGAAAUGGCAGAUGGUGACCAGGAGUGUCAGUUUGCUGACUACACCAUAGAGUGCCAGGCUAAGAAUGAUUUGACUCUGGCCCCACUAGAUAGUUUUGUCGUUCAAGCUCGAUUAGCCUCAACUCCAUGUGCUGCUAACUCACAGUCAUCUAAAAUGUGUGAGUCUACAUACUCAAGUUCUGUUACUGCAGAGAACAUUGAGAGAAAUACUCCUUCCAAGCAUCUCAGUCCCAUCUUUGAAGGAAGUGGGGAUGGUAGUGGAGAAUCAUGUCAACAGACAACACACUAUAGGAGUGGCAUUGAGCCAAGUAAACUACACACAGAAGAAUCCAUUCCACAGAAAAAUCUGGUACAAGAAAGUAUUCACAGUGAUGGAUACAAUGAGAGCCCAUUGGACAGAACCUGCCAACAUUUUAUUGAUACAACAACCUGCCUGCCAGAGCCUGAGAACCCUGCUCAGCUGGCUUUGAUUGAUCCGUUUGAUGAUAAUGUUAUUGCCUCCAUCUUAAACUCACUUGAACCUCCAUUAUCUGAUUACCCAAACAUUCACUUAUCCUCUGGCCCAAUGCCUGAAAUCAAGGAAAUGUCCUACCUCUCAGACCCCACAGCAGAUAUGUUCAUCACUAUUGAUAAGUGCAUUGGCGAAGGGGGCUAUGCUAAAAUCUAUAAAGGCUCAACAAUAUUUCUAGAAGCUGAUGAAUAUACAGUGUCUGGUAACCUAGAGAAAGUUUUAAAGGUUCAGACUCCCCAGUGUUACUGGGAGUUUUAUGUCAGCUACGAACUCAGGAGGAGACUUGCACAGCUCAAGUGUAAGAUGGAUGUGCAAUCAGCUGUGAUGGAAGUGGAAAAAGGAUUGUUCUACAGUGAUGGAAGCUUGUUGAUGAUGAAAUAUGUUUCUGUUGGCUCUUUACUUAAUGUGGUGAACCUGUACAAAAAUGACAGAAAUUUGCUCUCUCAUGUGGAACCUUUUGCCUGUCUGCUGACCAUUGAACUGCUGCACAUGUUUGAGCAGAUUCACAAAACUGGUUUUAUCCAUGCUGACGUCAAGCCUGACAACUUUCUUUUCCUGGGACUUCCUAGCAUCAAGAAGAGCAGCAACCCUGAGGAAGUCUUUGGGUCUUGUCUUCGUCUGGUGCAGCUGAUUGACUUUGGUCAAAGUAUUGACAUGACUAAGUUUCCUCCUGGGACAACAUUCCGUGCCAAGCUGGCCACAUCAGGGUUCCAGUGUAUUGAGAUGAUGACCAACAGACCCUGGACCUACCAAACUGAUUUGUUUGGCCUGGCUGGGACUAUACACGUUGUGUUGUUUGGAUCUUAUAUGAAUGUCUAUCAGGAACAUGGAGUCUGGAAGGUUACUGGCAACUUUGUCAGGAAGUGGAACGUGUCCUUAUGGAAAAAACUGUUCAAGGAGCUUCUGAAUAUACCAUCAUGUGACCAGCAGCCAGACCUGGCAUCUUUAAGACAAGAAUUUGAGGACCACUUCAUGCAAAACUUGAUCCCAAGCUACAAUGAUUGGAUGCCACAAAUCAAGAGAAAGCUAGAAUACAGCACUUCUUAAAGCAAGAUUUCUACGAUUGUACUUUAAUAAAAACCUAAGUAAUUGAAAUGCUCGUCAGAUUUGUUGUACUGGUUGAACAGUAGGCAAUUGUGCCAGUUUAAUGAACUACUUCAUAUGGUUCAUAUUGGAAUUAUUUAUAUUUUUGUCCAUUUUAUUCUAGGGGUUGAAUUUGAAAUAUUUGGUAUUUCUUACUGUUAUGUCCUAAUCAACUUGAUUUUAGAAUUGUUUUAAAUUUUUGUACAUUCUAUUUGUUGCAUUAAUUUAAUAUACUUUUAAAAAAAAUUUCUUGCUACAAAUAUGUAUACCUACAAUUCAUUUAAUAAAUGUUU